UUCGAGUCGAGAGGGAUACUGUGCCGUCACGCACUAAGCGUGUUAAGCUUCGAACAAGUAAGCCAAGUGUCCCCUAGAUAUAUACUGGAACGAUGGAGCAAGAAGGUAAAUAGGCGACACACACACAUCAAGAGCAGCCACGACGAGCCACUAAUGGAGCCAAGAAGCAAGAGGUUCGACCAAUUGGUUUUUCAUUCGCAAAAUAUUUGCGAAUUUGCCUCCGAAUCGGAGGAGCUGACUGCAAUUCUACACCAUACGUACGAUAACGUCAUGGCCGAGAUGGAAGCAUUAAAAGCCAAAAGGAAGGGGAGAUCUUCUUUAUCCCACGAAGACGCCAACUUGGAAUCUGUUAACGAGCUUCAAAGCCCGCCAAGGAUUCGAACAAGAGGACGUCCAAAAAACAGGCUAGGUUCAAAGCUAGAGAAACAGAUUGCAAAUGCCACAAAGAAGAAGAAGACGAAAGUUUUAAGCGAGAUAAACGUGUUUGAUGCUGCAUCAGCGGCGCAUUCAAAUUCCAACCAAUAUCAAGGACACGUUAUGAAUUAUCAGCUCAGGGUACCAGCGGCAGGGGAUAACUCUUUGGGUGUAUAGUUUUAUAGAAUAUGGG